GGAUCUGCUCCUCUCAGGCUUUAAGUUUGCUGCUUCCCUCUCUGAGAAGUCAGGGGGUGUCUUCACCCUGUCUAGGAAAGAUACAUUGCUUUUAAUUAUCAGAGCUAGGAGGAGUUGGGUUCAGGGAGGGAAAGAAGAAUGCUUCUGCCUCCUGGAACAUCAGGAAAAAGAAAGUACUUCUGCCUCUCUGCUUUUCCUGAGAGGGUGAAUGACUGAACAUUCUGGUUUUGCCUUGAAUUGCAGCAGAGCAUGAGUGGGGAUUCUUCUCUGGCCCCAAUAAAGUGCAUGAUUUGCAUAUGUUCUGUGUUUAGGUUUGAUCUUCCAAAUGGAACUGGACACAUACAUAGGAUGUGAGGUUUCUAAAGUGCCUUUGUCUGAUAUCGCUCAGAGGAUUAUGACAGCUUUGCAGUCUGUUCCUGUAGGAGUUCAGACUAGCAGAGAGAAUAACCAGAGUCUAGAGAAGACAAAAGAAAACAAACUAGGUGACAAGGAAACACAUCUGGAAAAUGCAAAGGAGAUUCAUGAUUCCACAGUUGCCUUGUUAACAACAUCUGCCGGCCCUGAGAAAGCCACAGCUGGUCAGCUAGUCAGGACAGUCCAUACCAAUGAAAUUCCUUGCUCUCAAGACACCAAAGAAGUGAGCUACUACCAGGAUUUAGACUGGCUAGGAUAUAGAGAAAGAAAUCUUGCAGUGGAAGCAAAAAACCUGAAGGCUGGUGAAAAGAAGGUAGCUACUCCCCUGAAAAGGAAGCAGGAUGUCCCUGCAUGUUGUUCAGAGAAAACAAGGAGAUUACCUCCAAAAACUUCUUCACAUGAAAGAAGAUACAACAGUGGACAAACAGAGCCUUCUGAACACGAUCCUUGUGAUAUCAGGAAGUUGGAACAUGAAGGAAAAAGAGAGUUGCUUGCAGCUAUAGAGCAGGCAAUGGCUUUUGUAGCUGCUAUGGUGUUUCAAGAUGGUUCUUCACAGCUCAGCUCAGAGCAGGCCUUAACCUCAGCAGUGAAAGGAAUUGUAGUGCUAGUGAAGAAUCAGACUGAUCACCCUUGCUCUCCCAGUGACUUCCCAGCUGGCUAUACUUGGAAAGCUGCUAAUGAAAAUGAUAAAUUAAUUUAUGUGAAAACUGAAUGGUCAUCCCUCUGGGAAAAAGAACAACAGGCUCACAAGAAAUUUGCUUGGCAAGUGCUGUUCCAAAUGCUCCAGUGCAAAGUUCCCAUUAUUUGCUUCAAUGCAAAAGAUUUCCUGAGGACUCUGCUUCAAGUUUAUGGAGAUGAAAUUAGCUGGAGACAAGUUGCAGAUAGUGUGGUGCUAGAUCCCAGGAUUGCAGCGUGGCUGAUAAACCCCAGUGACACAGUUCCUUCUUUUGAGAGUCUAACACAGAAGUAUUUUGAAAAGUCUGUUUCUGUGGGAGGAGUAAAUACAGAGGCAAGCACUCUGAGAAACACUGCAGUAAGUAGUUUGGUUUAAAGUGUGGAGUUGGAGAAGCUUUAUAAUGUCAUGAUGGACCUUGCUCAAGACUUAAAGGUUCAAUGUUUAUGGAAAUUAUAUUGCAUGUUAGAGCUUCCACUCCUCAAAAUUCUGGCAGUGAUGGAAACACACCAGAUCCACAUCAACAAACAGGAGCUGAAAAAAACAUCAGAGAUUCUGGGGUUACGACUCAAAGAGCUUGAGCGGGAAGCUCAUCGGGUUGCUGGAGAGCAAUUCCUCUUGACCAGCAGCAGUCAGCUCAGAGAGGUACUAUUUGACAAGUUGAAACUGCACACGCUGUGUGAGAAUCUUCACAGGACUGAAAUACAGCAACUUGUGUCCACCUCAGAAGCUGUGCUGCAUAAGUUGAAAGAUCUUCAUCCUUUGCCUAAGAUAAUUUUGGAGUACCGGCAGGUGCAUAAGAUGAAAUCAACUUAUGUGGAUGGACUACGAACAUGCAUGAGAAAGGGGUUUGUUUCCUCUACAUGGAAUCAGACAGGAACUGUGACUGGCAGACUUUCAGCCAAACAUCCAAACAUUCAAGGUAUCUCUAAACACCCAGUUAACAUUGCAAGGAAGCAGUACAUAAAAGGAAAAGAAGAAGAAAUAGUAACAAUUUCCCCAAGAACAUUGUUUGUUUCCAGAAAAGGCUGGACCUUUUUAGCAGCAGAUUUCUCCCACAUUGAGUUAAGGAUCCUUGCUGACUUAUCCUCUGAACCAGAGCUUUUGAAGCUGUUCCAAGAACCUGAAACCACCGAUAUCUUUUCCACGCUGGCUUCUCAGUGGAAGGAGAUUCCACCUGAAGAAGUGAAACACUCAGACAGAGAGCAAGCAAAGCGAAUCGUUUACUCUGUGGUAUAUGGAGCAGGUAAGGAACGCCUUGCUGACUGCCUGGGAACUACUCCUCUUCAAGCCAGCCAGUUCAUAGAGAGUUUUAUGCAGAAAUACAAGACAUUACAUGACUUUACAAGAAGAACCAUUGAAGAAUGCAGAAACAAAGGUUAUGUGGUCUCCAUGAUGGGACGUAGAAGACCCCUGGCUAAUAUCAAUGCCCAGGAUUACAAACUGCGCACUCAAGCAGAGAGGCAGGCUGUCAAUUUUGUUGUUCAAGGCUCUGCAGCUGAUCUCUGUAAGAUGGCUAUGGUGGAGAUCUUUACCUCUGUUGUCAGUUCUCCGACUUUAACAGCCAGGUUAAUUGCCCAGAUUCAUGAUGAGUUGCUGUUUGAAGUAGAAGAUUCUCAAAUCCAGGAAUUUUCAGCCCUGGUGAAAAGAACAAUGGAGUCCCUGCAGCACACCACAGCCAUGGAGGUGCCAUUAAAGGUUCCCUUGAAAGUGAUUCUCAGCACUGGGAAAUCGUGGGGGUGUAUGACAGAAUUGCAAGAGCUGUAAAGCAGCCAUCAGGGAUGUUAUUCAGUCCCCAUACACCACGCUGGCCUGUGCUGAUUCCUCCCCCACCCCAAUCACUAGGCAACAGCGCUGCUGGAUCUUUCAUAAGCACCUAAUACUCUGCAUGUGAAUUUUUUUACUUCAUUUUGUCUGUAGCCCUAGGCAACAGCAGUGAGAUAAAACUGGUUUUUACCAGCUCAUUGUGUUUCCUUUAGCCAAGGUAACCAGCAGGGAGCUGCUUUUGUUCUGAGCUAAAUUACUACAAGUAAGAAAUGAAGCAGGACGAGAUUAACCCUUUGGGAACGUGACAAAUACAGAUGUUUAGACUUGCAUCUGAACUAUGCUGCGAAGGGCCUGUCUGACAAUACCUCUGAACUGGCAGGAAUUGAACUGCAGCAGCAAGUGUUUCAUUGUUGUGUUCAGGCACUUGGUGUUUGGUGAAUAGAAGGCAGCUGCUUGCUUGGUGUCACAUAUGAAAUAUCACCUUCCACGGAGUUGUUUGGAAAUGAAGAGUUUUCCACCUUCACUUUAUAGUUAGGAUUUUGGAGCAAGAGAGGUGAAGCAAAGCUGUUGUUUCUAAUGCUUUUCGUGCCUAAGUGCCUUUAAAAUAACCAGAUUGUUGUCAUUUCAACUCAUUUCAGGCUCAGUUUGAACAUAGCAUGCAUUAGAGGAAGCAUUUACAGUCUUGCCUACUCUAUUAUUUGAUUACUGAUGUCAUGUUAAGUAUUGUUUGGCUAAAUGUGAGGAUUCAAGCUCAUCUUUUUUAGGAUUCAGGCUUAAUGUUCCAAUUUGUUACAGAUAUUUUGGCUUUGUGCUGAACUUAGUCUUUAAAUGAGUUUGUUUCACAACAUUUGCUGGUUGCCAGAUUCUGCCUCUUUGCUUGUGGAAGAUGAAACUGCCCUCAAAGCCUACUAAUUAUUUAGAAGUCAAGCAUAAAACUUUUAAGAGGUGUUCACUAUCUUUCAGUGUUUGACCUCAAAUGAUCAAAGUAAUACCAUUAGAAGGUUAGAAGUGUGUAGUGACAGGGAUUUUUUCAGCAGUUUUAACUUGUACCAUUAAACAAUUCUGCGUUUUCUUAAA